CCACAGUUUACUGUAAAUAUUAAUAUGUUUUGUUAAAUAUCAUUCUAAUAUCUAUAUCAUAGACUAGCUUUAAGCCAUUUAAAUGGGAUCAGUGAUAUGUUAACAUAAUUUCGGUAUGGCGGGGACAAUUCGACAUCUGUCAAUGUACCACCAUGAGAACACUCCCACUGCAGCUACGUUAAUAAAUGAAAUCAACGUACAGCUGGCAUUAUUCCGUGAUUUGCUCAUCCACAUUGGCCAGCCCCAUGACUGUCCUGAACUUCGUGAACGUGUACGGAGGCUUCGGCGAACUUGCGUCGAAGCUACAAAACAGACUAGCCAACUAGUGCUUCCCACAUGUAAAAAGUCUGGCGGAGAAGUUAGUGCUGAGCAGCCUCAAUUGGUGCUAUUAUACUUCAUGUCGCAACUACUGCUUCGGGAACUUGCCAAGUGCCACAGACUGGUGCAAUUAGUGCCAAUGGAUAUGACAUCUUAUUAUGAGAAUCGUGCCGGUCCAUCAAACUUUGGCAAUGUGAUCAGCCAAAUAUUGCUGUGUAAGCAGAUUACGCCGGAUUUUAAUCAGGAGGAACUGUGCAGUAUCGCUAAAGACACACAAGAAAUCACCAGAAUAGUCAGUGAUAUUCAAGAAUACCUCCCACAGCAUGAAACGCUUAAUCACUUAGAAAGCAAUAUUGCGCUUAAAGGAGACGAAGUUAACGGCCUAUGGAGAAAUAAGCGAAGAGGAUCUCUAUACAAAGGUAUGGGAGUCCUUUGUUGCAUGUCGCGGCCGAACUACCUCUGAGGGUGUCAAGUAUCGCCUACAAGGCGGCCCAGCGUGCACCAAGAUUAUUUAAAGGAAAAUAGUCCAACGCAGAUAUUGGAAUUAGACGCAAAGUGUUCAUAAACUGUUUACAGUGCAUGUAUAAAACGGAAUGAGAACGUAGAGUAGAAAUGAAAGGGUCCAUUAAAUUGAUUAUUUACUUACGCUACAGUGUAGUUGAUUCAGUUUUGUAGAUAAUGAUCUAGUCAUUCUAAUAAAUUAAUUAUCUUAUAUCAAUAAAUUUACUUGUUUAAAAUAAUAUUUAAGUAGUUGCAAAUGAUAAUUGCAUAUUGCCUGGAGAGGGAUCAAUUUCAUUUAAGUACGAGUAGAAUUGAAAGUGCAUUUCCACGAUAUAUAGUUUCAUUUGAGCGACGCUCUCGGGCUCAAAACAAUAAUUCCUAUUCCUUGAAUAAAGAUAUAAUCCAGACUGAAGUUCAGUUAAAAUAUUUCUAUAUCAAUUUAAUUAUUAAUUGUCUUCCAAUAGUUCGUUAACGGAUUAUA